AUGAAUGUUACAGUUGGAUCAGAUAGUGGUGUUGUUAAAGAUAAGAAACCAGUUGGUAUCUAUGGUCAAAUACAAAGCUCAUUGGAAAAGGAAUUGUUGACUAUGAGCUAUGGUUGGGAUAGCAAUGAGUCAGAGUUGUUACAGGGUUACAAAGAUGGUACCGUCAAGAUGUGGAGUAUAAACGAAGGUGUAGGACAAACACUCGGUGAGAUUCAGCUGGGAGCUACUCAAGCGGUGCGUGCCAUCCGCACGCUCGCCGAUAGAAGAUUGUUGGUCGGUUGUGAGAACGGUUCGAUCUCGUUGCAAAAGGUUACAGAGGAGGGCGACGCCAAGCAGCUCGAACAAAUGAGCUUCUCGAAAUCGUUGUAUCAGCUGAAGGUCGACCAGAACGACGCCAACAGAAUAGCGAUCGGUGGAAAGAAUUCAGAGAUCUCUGUUUUCGACAUUGAGAAGAAGCAGCAGGUUUGGCGUGCCAAGAAUGCGCCGAACGACAUGCUCGGUAUUGCUCCGCUCAUCUGGAUCACCGAUAUCGAGCUGGUCGGAUCCGACAAGAUCGUAACCGGUACUGGUCACGCAGAGAUGAGAGUCUACGAUUGUCGUAAGAAUCGUUCGCCACCCGCCAUCAACAUUAAACUAGCGAAACAUCCAAUUCUCUCAAUUAAAUAUAGUAAUCAAUUUGAAAAUAUGAUUAUCAUUGCAGAUUCAGUUGGUAAUGUUAAUUCUUAUGAUAUUAGAAAUGGUAAAUCUAUAGGAUCGUACAAAGGAAAUACAGGUAGUGUUAGAUGUAUCGAUGUUCAUCCAACUCUUCCGUUGUUGGCGACUGUUGGUUUGGAUCGUCAUUUGAGAGUGUUUGAUAUCGAUAGCAGAAAAUGUGUGCAAACCGUUUAUUUGAAGCAAAAGAUGUCGUCUGUUUUGUUCUCUGCUGAGGAACCACCAGAACCAGAAGAGGAAGAAGAGACAACCAAUGGAUAUGCUCAGCAGUUUGACGAUGAAGAAGAAGAAGAGGAAUACAAUGAUGACGGUGGUAUAGAUGACGAAGAGAACGAGCAAAUUUGGAAUCAAAUUGAAGCAAACGCUGCAGUUGCCGUUACAAAAGCAAAUAAGAAAAUAGCAAAUAAGAAACAACAACAACAGGUUGAAGAGGAAGAUGAUGAGGAAGAUGAUGAAGAUUUCGAUGAAGAUGCAGAGUUUGAUGAUGAUGAUGAAGGAGAUAGUGAUGAUUUUGGUGAAGAUGAUAGUGGAGAUGAUGAUGAUAGUGAAGAUGAUGAUGAAGAAAGUGAAGAAGAAGAACCAGUUAAAUCAAAGAAAAGACCAAUGGUUUUAUUAACACCACCAAACAAACCAAAUAGUUUAAAACAAAUCAAAACCAUCAGCUGA